AUGCCUCGACGAGGUCGUGCUCGAGAAUACGACGAGGAGGACAUGUACGAAGUUGAGCGUGAUGUGUAUCCACGACGAGGCAGGGAUGAGCGUUUCUUCGAGGAAGAUAUAAGAUACAAUCGUCAAGGAUCGGAGGGACUACCGCUUGACAAACUUGAACGCUUACACCUGGAAGCUCAAAGAAAACCGGAGAUGUUACGUGAGCCUCAUGGCUAUCCUCGUGAUUUAGCGCCACCAAUCCUUAGGCGUGAGCCAGAAGACCUUGAACCACCUCGUGAGAGGCCGCGCCGCUUGAAGAAAGACUGGGAUGAACCCCCUCUUCGUGGACGGCCUCGUUCGAGGGACAGGGAUAUAGAGGAAGAGAUCACGUUUCGCGAGGAAACGGAUCGAAGAUACACUGAUAGCGAGUCUGACAGUGAUAUUGUUCUUGUGCCGAGAAAAGAACGACCGGUGCAUCGACGCAGGUAUGAGAUUCCAGAGGUCGCACCUAAACCACGCAGUCGGAGUCUUCUGGAGGAAAGAAGACUGCGAGAACUGGAUUAUAAGCAAGGUGACGUGCGGCUUCGAAAGCCCGAAGUGGAGGAACACCAUAGGAGGCACCGCAGUGGCCCUUUCUAUGAGAGGUCAUCGCAUUCGCGACACAGGCACAGAUCACACCGACACAAAAGUUUAGAUGAUGCUGACGACGAGCUCGAUGAAGAGGUCGAUGAGGAGGAAGUCUCAUUCUGGGACCCUAGGGAAAGAAGACCUGAGCGAAGUGUUGAGGAAAAGGAGAUUAUCUUCGAAAGACGGGAAAGGUCGUCAUCUCCAGAAAUUGCAAUCCCUAGAGUUCCAUCGCCGGGGCACGGUAGACCUAUUCGUGAUGGCUUUCGAACAAAGCCUAGCAUGUCUCGGGCUCAUAGCCCUGAAAUCACAGUUACAGAAGCAGAAUUUCGCGAACGUGAGAGACGCCGGAAAGGACGACGGGACAAGGAGGAGCUCCUCAUUCUUCGACGAGAGGAAGAGGAAUUCCCUCAACCUUGGCGGGAAAAGGUUGUACCUAUCGACCCUCCGAGGCCUAGGUCUAUGGAGCGCGAAAAGGAAAGGCUUACAGUGAUACGCCGGGAUGGUAGCCGAGAGUCGCUCGUCGAAGAAGAAAUUGAAGAAGAGGAUUACUACAGGCUCCGUGGGCAUCGCACGCCUCCUAGGAAGGACAUUAAGACCAUGGAAGAGCUGGAUAUCGUCAGAGCCGAACCCAAGGAAGAGAAACGGACUGAGAUAGUCACACAAGAAAUCAAGCCUUCACGAUACGGCGAUCGUGAGUCUAAGCUUGUUGUUAAAGACGUGAGAGAGUCUGACAAUAUCCCGGAACGACAACUUGGGCGAAUAGGACGACGAUACGUUGGACUCAAAGACCGUCGUGACGGCCUUUGGACGGAGAUUACGAAGGACCUGAUAAACGACGUCGACGCACUGAUUGAGCGCUCGGAAGAGAUUCGGCGUGCGCGCCGUCGUCGAAUUCAAGAGAUCCACCGUGAGCGAGCAGCUCUGCCUCGUGUAGCUGCUCCUCCUCCACCACCUCUGAUACCUGCAGCCGAGAAAGCAGCGCCCCUGCUUCUCGACAACCAACCACCACCUCCCCGCUUCAUUCGGGAUGAGCGGAGAAAGAAGGAACGGGAUCUGGUCGUCGAGGGCAACCGCUGGAGGGGCCCUCAGCGCCCAGGGCGGUGGUGA